UCCCACCACAGAGCCCCCAACGUUUCACGUUCCCUUCUUCUCUCUCCCCAAACAGAAAAAGGCAGAUGGAUAAUCUAAUUCCGGAUAGGAAUAAUGCCUUCUCCCACCUCAUUGUCUAAUGUCUAGUUGUUGCUGCUCUGCUGUAUUAAUCGCACAUACGCAGCAGUAUCCGAUUCAGAUUCUUCUCCACCACCAUAACUACCAUUCCCGCCACUACGUAUCUUCUCCCGAGAUGCCUAUUUAACUCCAUAAUGCGUAUUCCCAAGAACCCCGUUCCCUUUUGCCUUUCCCUCUCCUCUCCCGAGCUUUACCGUCCUUUGUUGUACUGGAUUCCCCUUCAGUCGCUCUUUCACGUCAAACGAGAAGGGUUUCACACCGGAGGAGCCAAAUUUUUACGAACCAGCUACCUGAUGGACGAGAGUCAGAGGACCAAUAUGGCUGAUAAGACAUCAUAUUUUCAGAAAACAAGCUGCAAUGAUGGUGGUGAACGGCCAUGUAUAUGGGCUUCUCCUGAAGGAGGCAGUCAAAUUGGUAUUGGGAAACAGAUCUUCUGUAACAGAUCCUUAAAUAUGAAGAACACCAUUGCUGUUGGCUUUGAUAUGGAUUACACCUUGGCUCAAUAUAAACCAGAAACAUUUGAGAAACUAGCAUAUGAAGGCACAGUGAGGAAACUGGUCUAUGAUCUUGGAUACCCUAAAGAGUUGCUUGAUUGGUCCUUUGACUGGAAGUACAUGGUCAGGGGUUUGGUUCUUGAUAAAAAGCGGGGCAACAUAUUGAAGAUGGAUCGGCAUAAGUAUGUGAAGGUAGCCUAUCAUGGAUUCAGAGAGAUGUCUAAAGAGGAUAAAACUGACACCUAUGGAAAUACUCUGUUACGAGAUUCUUUUGAUGAGCCAGAUUAUGCUCUCAUUGAUACUCUCUUCUCACUAGCUGAAGCAUACUUGUUUGCGCAACUUGUUGACUUUAAGGACAAUAAUCCUGAAAAAGUUCCAGAAGGUGUUGAUUAUACUGGCAUGUACAAAGAUGUUCGAGCUGCAGUUGAUUUGUGCCAUCGGGAUGGGACUUUGAAGCAAAUGGUUGCAAAAGAUCCUAAAAGGUACAUUAAUGAGGAUACAGCUAUUGUGCCUAUGCUCAAAAUGCUCAGAGAUUCUGGUCGUUCAACAUUUUUGGUGACAAAUAGUUUAUGGGACUACACAAAUGUUGUUAUGAAUUUCCUUUGUGGAUCCUAUGCGCUGGAUGGCCGCAACUCUUGCAGUUUUCAUUGGCUACAGUACUUUGAUGUUGUUAUUACUGGCAGUGCAAAACCGGGCUUCUUCCAUGAAGACAACCGCGCCAAUCUUUUUGAGGUCGUACCUGAGUCGGGUAUGCUACUGAAUACUGACAAUGGCACACCUAUGGCUCAGGUGGGAAAUGUUACACCAAAACUUUCAUUGAAGGGACUGCUAAAGGGUUGCAAAGUUUUUCAGGGAGGCAAUGUUCGUCAUCUGCAUAAACUACUAUCCAUUGAGUCAAGCUCGCAGGUUCUUUAUGUUGGGGAUCAUAUCUAUGGAGAUAUUUUGCGCAGCAAGAAGGUUCUUGGUUGGAGGACAAUGCUUGUUGUUCCUGAGCUUGAGAGAGAGGUGGAACUGCUUUGGGAAUUAAGGGAGAUGCGUAAGCAACUUCGGUUAUCAAGGAAUGAGCGCGAUCUCAUUGAAGACCAAAUACAUCAUUUGAAAUGGUCUCUCAAGUUUGAAGAUCUUAAUGAUGAUGAAAAACAAAUGUUCUCUCUGGAACUUGUUGAAUUGGAGUCUAACAGAGAUAAAGUGCGGAUUACUCAUCAACAGGCUCAAAGGAACUGUCACCAAAAGUUUCACAAGGUCUGGGGACAACUCAUGAAGACUGGAUAUCAGAAUUCUCGAUUUGCACAUCAAGUGGAGAGAUUUGCCUGUCUUUAUACUGGUCAAGUAUCUAACUUGAGCUUGUAUUCCCCUGACAAGUACUAUAGACCGAGUGAAGAUUUCAUGCCACAUGAAUUUGAUAUUCUUCCCCUUUGAAGUCUUGUUAGCACAAGACCAUCUCCUGAAAAUAUGCAUAGUUGAUUACUUUGGGUCUUCAAGAAGCAUAUCAAUUAGAGCUUUUACUACUAUAGUUUUUUAUGAACCUUUUUUUUUUUUUACUCUUCUUCAUAGAUGAUUUAGUCCAAUACUUGCGGGAUGCAUGUAAAUAAUGAUUCUAUUGAAGUAUGAACUUCAUAUCUUUGGCAUUCAA